GGCCAUUAAUUAAAAAAGCACCCAACCAUAACAGAGCACAGCAAAUCAACCAACCAGUUUUCCCCUAAUGUAUUCUCUCUCUCUUCCUUUCUCUCCCUUUUCCCCUUCUACCAUGUUCCCUUUUCCUGGUUCUUGCGCCAUAGGCCGAAGAACUCUUGCAGCUGCCAUUAAUGGAGCUUUCAAUCUCAGCCUGCAGAAUAUCUGCAACUCAAUUAAGGGAUCAACAGAAGAUCUUGUAGAGGAGAAGGAAGAGAUUUACCAUAUUGAAGAGGAGCCAGUCAGGCCGCCCGCCAGAACCAAUGAGAGGAGAACCAAGCCAGAAGUGAAAGCCAGAGCAGUGACUAACCCGCCGCCCAAACCACCUGAGAAGAAGUCAAUCAACUGGCAGUGGAGUAAUUCCACUCAGGGGAGUGGAGAUAGAGUGUUUAAUGUUUGGCAGGGGGAAAGGUAAGCAUUUACUCUGUUUUCCCAGAGGAAGCGCAACAGACCCUAUCGACAAAGAGAAUUUACUGCCAUCUCCCAGAUGGGGCAGAGAGAAAGGGUGAACUCGAGUCAAUCAUUGGACUCCAGCAUAGAGUACACGAGCCACACGGGCUUACAAGCAAGGUGCACGGUGAACAUAAAUGCUCUAACCUCACCUGGUGGCAGCCAUCUAGAAGAAAAGCUCAGAGGAGGAGGAAACUUACCAGCAGGGGAUAUAGCUCGGCGAGUAGCUGUGGCCAUAAAUGGCAUAUUCAAGG